AUCCCGCCUCCAGUCUCCUCACCAUUCCACACAAGCAACACACACACACACGAGAUUCUCCAAGUGACCAACUUUCGUCGAUCAAAGCCGGUGUCAACAGGGGGCAAGAAAGCAGCCAGACGAUUUCCUUCUCGGCCGUGCAGACUCGAGCUGACCUGAGCCGGAAGAGAGUGAGCAUGGGUCUGGCUUGGAUGGUGGCCGCGACCACAGCCGCGGUGCUGGCGUCGUGGGCGUUUAACGCGCUGGUGCACCUAGUGUGGCGCCCCUACGCCAUCACCAGGAGGCUCCGGGUGCAGGGCAUGCACGGGCCGGGGUACAAGUUCUUCGUCGGGAACCUCGGCGACAUCAAGCGGCUCCACGCCGCGGUCGCCGGCGCCACUCUGGACGUCACCGACCACGACUUCAUCCCCAUGGUGCAGCCACACUUCCGCGAGUGGAUCCCGCUCUACGGGCGGACGUUCUUGUACUGGACCGGGGCGCGACCGAACGUGUGCGUGGCAGACGUGAACGUGGUGAAGCAGGUGCUCUUCGACCGCACGGGGCUGUAUCCAAAAAACCUCAUGAACCCGCACAUCACCCACCUGCUCGGCAAGGGGCUCGUGCUCAUCGACGGCGAUGAGUGGAAGCGCCACCGUAAGGUCGUGCACCCGGCCUUCGAUAUGGACAAGCUCAAGAUGAUGACGGUGACCAUGUCCGACUGUGCUCGGUCGAUGAUGUCCGAGUGGGAAGCACAACUGGCGAAGGGCGGCGACGUGGAGAUCGAGCUGAGCAGCCGGUUCGAGGAGCUCACUGCCAAUGUGAUCUCGCGCACGGCGUUCGGGAGCAGCUACAGGGAGGGGAAACAAGUCUUUCUGGCGCAGAGGGAACUGCUGUUCCUCGCCUUCUCCACCGCUUUCGAUGUACAGAUCCAAGUGUUCAGGUAUCUUCCAACUGAGAAGAAUCUCAAGACACGGAAGCUCGACAAGAAGGUGAGGGGAAUGCUCAUGGACAUCAUCAAGGGCCGGCUCGCCACUAAGGACACCGCGGGCUACGGGAACGAUCUGCUCGGGCUGAUGCUGGAGGCCUGCGCGUCGGAGCACGGCGAGAGCCCGCUGCUGAGCAUGGACGAGAUCAUCGAUGAGUGCAAGACCUUCUUCUUCGCCGGGCACGACACCACCUCGCACCUGCUCACCUGGGCCAUGUUCUUGUUGAGCACGCAUCCAGAGUGGCAGGACAAGCUCCAGGAGGAGGUGCGGCGGGAGUGCGGCGGGGAGGUUCCCACCUACGACAUGCUCAACAAGCUCAAGCUGGUCAACAUGUUCCUCCUCGAGACGCUGAGGCUGUACGGCCCGGCGGCGCUGAUUACGCGGAAGACGAGCUCGGACCUGGAGCUCGGUGGCGUCAAGGUGCCCGAGGGCGCGAUCCUGACGAUCCCGAUUGCGACGAUCCACCGGGACAAGGAGGUCUGGGGCGAGGAUGCCGACGAGUUCAGGCCCGAGAGGUUCGAGAACGGGGUGACGAGGGCGGCGAAGCACCCCAACGCACUGCUGUCCUUCUCCAGCGGGCCGAGGUCAUGCAUCGGGCAGAACUUUGCGAUGAUCGAGGCCAAGGCUGUGAUUGCCAUGAUCAUGCAGAGGUUCGCGCUCAAGCUGUCCCCCAAGUACGUGCACGCGCCCAUGGACGUGCUCACGCUGCGGCCCAGGCACGGGCUCCCCAUGCUCCUCAAGAGCCUGCAGAUGUAGAGUUGCAAGUUAUGCUGAUGCCACGUAUUGUAUUCGUUGAGUAGGGUUUUUGCACUACGUUGUACUCUAGAUAAGUUUUCUUUGUUGCUUCA